GAGUAGGGGUCAGACAGGUAGCAGAAAUGGAGGGUGUGUUUGCACCUCAACCAUAACUGAGCCGGUUUAGGCUAAACCUGACUCCCCCUUAUUCCAACCAACAGGGAGGGAGGACUAGGGAUGGGAAAUCGCCCUAUUUUCUGAUCGUAAGAUCGAGGCCACUGGCUAUCGCCGAUAGACGAUCCAAUCGGCUGAUGGGGCGGGUGCAAUUAUGUCAUAAAAAAAAAAUCUUGGUGCCGAAAACAUGGCGGAGUCAGACAGCAAUUUGGUGCCCAAAAAGAAUGCUAAGUCGGUUAUUUGGGCAUAUUUUAGGUUCUAUCCAAAUGCUAACGGUGAGCCUCAAGACCUAACACAGCCUAUUUGCACAUUAUGCAAAUUAUGUGUGCCUGCGAAGGAUAGGCAAACCACAAAUUUAUUCGCGCACAUUCGAGUCCAUCACCCCGCCGAGGCCGCAAAACUGUCUCCGACCAGCAGCGCUGCAGGUGCUUCUGGGGGACAGCCACGGGGGCAGCCCACAAUGUCAGCAGCUUUUGCUAAAUCAACUAAAUACAGGCCAGGCAGCGAAAGAUGGACCAAGUGUACAACAGCUGUUGCAAGAUUUCUGGCGAAGGAGUGCAUCCCAUUUCAGGCGGUUGAAAGAGAAAGUUUCAAAAAAAAUUUGACUACACUGGAUGCGCAGUAUGAACCGCCUGGGAGGAAAUAUUUCUCGGAGACUGCUGUGCCAAAACUGUAUGAACAGCUGAGAGGGGAAAUAGUUAAUGAAUUAAAAGAGGCCAACUUUAUUGCUUUGACUACGGAUAUGUGGUCAAACAUUAACAUGUCUCCUUAUAUGUCCAUAACUGCGCACUAUGUCUCAAAAGACUGGACAUUAAAAUCCAAAUGUCUCGAGACAGCUUUUACCCCAGAGAGUCACACCGCGGCGGUGCUAGCUGAAGCACUCCAGGAUGGGUUGCAAGCAUGGGGAAUAGGAGAAGAGAAAGUCGUCUGCAUUACAAGCGACAACGGAACCAACAUCGUUGCAGCUGUUCGUGAUCUUAAGUGGCCAUGGAUCAGUUGUUUCGGGCAUAAUUUGAACUUAGCCGUCAAAAAUGCCUUGAAUAAAGAAAAAAACAAAACGGACCGGGCUUUCGGAGUGUGUCACCAAAUAAAUGGAGCCUUUUCACACAGUUGGCAAAGGCGACAGCAACUCAGGAAAGAGCAAGAGCAACAGGGGAUAAAGAAACCGCUUUCUUUAAUAACUGAUUGUGCAACGCGCUGGGGCAGCAAAUAUGCCAUGACAGAGAGGAUCCUCACCCUGCUGCCUCACAUCAGAAGGGUUUUUGCUGAUGACAGGAGAGGAGUCGGCGCACACUACCAACCAUUAGCUGGCAAGAUGUAAGCGUGCUGGAGGCUGUCACAGAAGGCCUGAAGUCUGUAUCUGAAUUUACAGACAUCUUGUCAAGUGAGCGUGACGUCACCAUCUCAUCGCUGCUGCCUCUGCUUCAUUUGAUUAAAGAUACUCUCAAGAAAAAAGAGAUUGAUGCCAAACUGACUGCAGCCAUUAAACAAACGAUCCUGGAGCAACUUGACAGUAGAUAUGACAACGACAAGAUCAUCCAGUUAAUGCGCUCCGCUGCCCUCCUUGACCCACGGUACAAAGCUACUCACGUGGGCAGUAUUGACCUGGACUACAUCAGAACCCAGCUGGAGGAUGAGAUGGUGCUGUUCUGGAAGCAGACUACUUCCGGACCACCUGUGACUGUGCGGGACUCUACGGAUGACGACGAUGCACCUCCUUUCUCCCAGUCUCAGCCAAGCAAAAAGAAGAAAACACUUGGCAGUCUCCUUGGCACAAUAAGACCUGCUUCUGUUGCAACUCCUGAGCAGCAAGCGCAGGCGGAAAUGGCGAAUUACCUCCAAGAAGAGGUAGUUGAUGGAGAAACCAACGCUCUUGAAUGGUGGAAAAGGAACGAAAGCCGCUUACCCUUAAUGGCAAAAAUUGCACAGAAAUAUUUGUGCAUUCCUGCGACCAGCACGCCAUCGGAGCGCAUAUUCAGUAAAGCAGGGAAUGUUGUAACCCGGUACCGCAGUCUGCUAAAGCCAGAUAAAGUUAACAUGUUUGUUUUUUUGUCAAAUAAUUUGUAAAAGUAGGUCAUAUAUUUAUUUUCAUUUGUUUAUCAUACGCAGGCUGCAAUGUUCUAUUGUUUAAUGUUUUAAGCUUUAAGUUCAUUCGAAAUAAUUUCUUAUGAAAGGCAAACCCCUAAGUAGGUGUCAUAUUUGAAGUGAUUUCAUUUUGUGGUAACAUUCACAUUUUCUAAAAAAUUCUACCGUUUAAGCUUUUUUGUUUGUACACAUUAUUUAUUAAAGCCAGUUUAUUUCACACUGUAACUCUCGAUUUGUAAUAAAGUUACUUGUUCAAAUGUA